AUGAUAAAAUAUGGAUUUAUCACUGCCGCUGCUGCUCAGGCUGCAGCUGCCACUACCUCUACUACCCCACCGGAGUACCAAGGGUUAGCUGAAUUCAGACAGAGCGACCCACCUCAGUUUACUGGAGUAGAAGGGCCGAAUGCGGCUGAGCAGUGGUUGAGAGACAUAGAGAAAAUCUUUUUCACGAUGGGUUGUGUGGAGGACCGCAAGGUAUUAUAUGUUGCUUAUAUGUUGUCCGAGGAUGCAGAGAUGUGGUGGCAUGGGGCUCGUGCUAUGCUGGAGGCACGGAGAGAGAUCAUCACUUGGGAAGUAUUCAAGAAUAGCUUCCUGGGUAAAUUCUUUCCUCCCCAUGUGCGAGCGGCGAAGGAGAAAGAGUUCCUAGAGUUGAUGCAAGGAAGCUCUUCAGUGUACGAGUACGCCACUCAGUUCGAGAGGCUGUACAGGUUCUACUCCCACCCUACUUCUGAGGAGUGGAAGUGUCAGAGGUUCUCUAAGGGGCUGAGGACGGAUAUUAAGCAUAUUUUGAUACCUCUGAGAAUUUUUGAAUUUGCUGACUUGGUGGACCAGGCCACCAUCAUUGAGAGUCUGAAUGCCGAGGACACGGGCGGAGUGGAGAAGGCCUCACCGAGCAGGGAAGCUAGUACCUCUAGCAGUGGAGGUAUCAGGGAUGCUAGGAGAGCACCAUACAGUCGACCGCCUCGAUAG